UCCUAUACAACUUUGUGUAAGACCGGACAGGGAAGGAAAACAAGAGGGACACCGCAAAUAAAGGUUGUAGGAAAAUUUUAUAAAGAAUUCAGCAGUGAUAGUUAUUAAUUGGGACUGUGUAUUUUACCUACUGAAUGUUGUGCCUGCGGAUAUGCUUGUAAAUUGGAGGAUGGACGUCACGGUUAGAAGGCGGUUUCGAUGUUGACGGGAGAAGUUAUUGGUGUUUGCACACUUAGAACUCAUCUCAUCAUAUACUUCUUCCCUCAACGCUUCCAACGAUGUGGCGUCUACUUCUGUUUGAAAGAGCCAGACAUAGAUGGUGCUGGUGAUCUAAGCAGCAUUGUUAUCUAACCUCGACUUGACAAGCACUGUCAAAUUUUAGUUUUGUAUAUGUGGUUUGUUUACGACCGGUGUUAGGAACAACACUGGAUCUCACUAAGUUUUGGGAUGCUAUAACGUUUCAGUUGUGGUCUAUAAAGGAAUCCGCUGCUUUGCAUCUUCUCAUUAAGAGACGGAUCCACUAAACGGUGUUUAGGGAAGAAAUGUCCUUGGUCCUUUAAGGUAAAAUUUCAAAGCUUAGUAAGUUUCGAGUGAUAAUACAUUCGAGUGAUAUAAUAGUAAAACAAAAUGGAGCCUGAUUUCAAGCAACGGACUUUGGAAGAUUUGAAAGGAACGCUUUACUCCUUGAAAUGUGAUAGUUGUGAUGAUACAUUUGAUAAUCUGAAGCGCUUUUAUUUGCAUCGGAAACUGCACAAAACGAACAUAAUAGGACCCUUUCGGACAUAUGAACACUGUCCGUUUGUACUUGAUCCUGUAACACAACUUGAAUUGCGUCGACUAGAAAGAUGUAGUUUCUCUAUGCGGAUCUUCAGACGUGACCCGAAAAAGGGUGCCAUAAACAAUUUCCCCAAAUUUCAAUGUAUGAAGUGUGAUAAAUCGUUUGCAAUGAAAACCACCCUGAAAAAUCAUCUCAUCUCAAAACAUCAAGACAUAAAAGUGUUCUCCUGUGAACUUUGUCCACGUAAAUUUGCGCUUGCAACAUAUUUGAAAUCGCACAUGGCAGUUCAUAAGAGGCAACGUAUGAAAGCGUUCAAAUGUGACCAAUGCCCAAAGUCGUUCGUAACUCGUAAUGCUGCUAAACAUCAUAUGUUGGUUCAUGUGCAGGACCCCAACGUAUUUUUCCAGUGUGAUCACUGCAGUAAAAAGUUUAGGUUCAAGCGUGGAUUAAACCUUCAUCUUCAUCGAGCGCAUGUUCCUAAGAAUCCGCACAUAUGCCCUGUUUGCAAGAAAAGUUACAAUGACAAAAAAUAUCUACAAGUUCAUCUUAGAACUCAUACUCAACCAGGCGGAGAUUACACUUGCAAUUAUUGUGGAAAGCAGUAUUUCAAUUCUACGUAUUUUCGGAUACAUGUCAGCGGUCAUGAGAUGAAGGAAAAAUUCAAGUGUGAUAAAUGCCCGAAGGUGUAUAAAUAUAAAAAUGGACUGCUUACUCAUAGAAAAGUAGCUCAUGAAGAGAGAGAGAAACUAUUAUGCACCAAGUGUCCCAGAACUUUCAACAGUAAGCAUAAUCUAGCACGGCAUCUUCAAUCUCACGAGAAUGAUCGUCCUUGCCCGUAUGAGAAUUGUGGUUUGGAACUCAGAACAAAAGCUCUUUUAAGGGAGCAUAUUAAUAGCCAUGGGAAGGCGUUUAAGUGCCGCCAAUGUGGCAAGCUGUUUGGUAAUGAAGAAAAUUUGAAAGCGCAUUAUUCAACGCAUCCAUACUUGGUUGUGUAAAUUGAGCGGUUAUUCUGCGCAACAUUCCUCCAUCGCUUCUACAAAGUAUAGGAAAAUUAUUUUAAAUUGUAUUGAGCUCGUCCUAAUGAAUUUUAUUUGAUAAUAUUCAAUUUAAGUGUUUGUAAUUUACGACUUUGAUUAAGACGAAAUAAAUGUUACCUUCAUGCAAAAAAAAUUCUA